CGUUGGUAGCCCAGCGUGUCCUGGUGUCUGUUCGCGGAGGGGCUGCACCAUAGGAAAUAACUGGGCUUUUGGACCCUGUGGGGUCGGUGCGUCGCCAUUGAUCCUCGUCUACCAAUCCCGUUCGCCUUUCGCAGCGCCUUUGUACCACCGACGGGCACGGGCCGGCGGCGCUCCGCUCUGGAUGAGAGGGGGACGGUGCUUCCGGCCGCAGCAGGAGACGGCGACGAUGGCUUCUCCAAGGACGGUUACCAUCGUGGCUCUCUCGUUCGCUUUAGGCCUGUUCUUCGUCUUUAUGGGGACCAUUAAGCUCACCCCGCGGUUAAGCAAAGACGCCUACAGUGAAAUGAAACGAGCCUACAAGAGCUACGCCAAGGCCCUGCCGGGCCUGAAGAAGAUGGGCGUCAGCUCGGUGCUCCUCCGGAAGACCAUCGGCACCCUGGAGGUGGGCUGUGGCGUCGUGAUGACCCUGGUGCCCGGGCGGCCCAAGGACGUCGCCAACUUCCUGCUCCUGCUGGUCAUGCUGGCCGUGCUCUUCUUCCACCAGCUGGUGGGGGACCCCCUGAAGCGCUACGCCCACGCGCUGGUCUUCGGCAUCCUGCUGACCUGCCGGCUGCUGGUGGCGCGCCAGGGCGAGGACCGGCCGGAGCCGGAGGCCAGCCGGGAGGAGCAGGCCAACGCUCGGGACAAGAACAAGGUCAAGGUGUCGUAGGGCCGCGCCAGGAGGAGACGGGGCCGCCCCAGGAAGAAGAAGACCGCCGCCACAAACGUGACAGCCGCAGCCUUCCCAGCUUCCUUUUCACCUGCUCCGGUUCGCCCCCCCGUUUAGCACUGUAGCCCCGCCCACAGUCGCGCCCGUGGCCACUGUUUCCAUACAGAUCUCCGUAGACACUGAGGGGAGAAUCCGCGGCUCCCUUCCUUCUGAUCCACGUAGGUUCCAAGUAAAUGCAUUUUAUUUCCUUCACUAGCGUAACGUUUCGAGCACACACGUGAGCUCUGUGAAUGCUGAUGCACCGCCUGUUGGAAACGUGAUGUUUUUUUCAGCCCUGUAAUACGGAUGCCGUCACACAGAUGUGAUAACGUCUGUAUUUCCUGUGAGAUUGGUUUCUACUUUAGCUUCAAUACAGAAGGCAUGAUUUUCCCUGCUGCCAAACUGUGACCCGACUGUCCUUCCACUGCUAUGGAAUGGGUAGUGUGUUGCACAGGGAAAAUUGGGCCCCGGGUCUUAGAAUGAACAUUGCGAAUGGCUGUGCUGUUCAGGCAAGCAUGGGGGAACUCUGGGCAAGGUGGCGAGACAUUUCCUUUUGCUUUCUGAACACUAUCGAUAACGGACUUGGUUGGUUAAUAAAGUGUGUUUUUGUCUUGUGCUGUUAUUUGCUAUCUGUCUGUCUCCGAGAUCCUCUCUCUCCCCUCCUUCGAAGAGCAUGCAGUGUUCAGGAAUUCCUUUCUCGUAGAGACUGGGUGAAACUGCCUCCUGGUGAACUGAUGGGGUCCCACACACGUGCUGUCCUGGCUCUGCAGGUCCUUUCCUCUUGGUUUAAAAUGGCAUGGCUGGAAGAAAGUAAUCACACUUGUGCUGUUUAAUCCCCGUUCCUCAUUUACUUCCUUGUCUGACCACUAAGGGGGGAAAGUCUUUUGGCUGUACUGUGGGUGUAUUGUUUUUACUCUGUGUUGUUCUGUUAUUGUUAUAUAAAAUGGCAAAAUGUUUUGAACUGUGAAAAAGCUCAAACAAAGGUGUUCUAUUUCGGUGCCUCAUGGAAUGAAAGGGUAAUACAGCAUCUCCCUGUGAUGUGGCUUUAUCAGUGUGGUUUUUUUCUUUGUCAGCCCGUGGCUUGUCCCUGCAAGGAAACGGGUUCAGAAAUAAUACAGUGGAGGGAGAACAGCACCAGGCAACACCAUGGGAAUUUUCACGCUUCUCAUGAUACAGAUCUGUGGCACAGUUUUUGAAAAACAUCCUUCUCAAAAGUCAUCUUUUACAACUUGGAUUUAAAAAUACAUUUUUACUGUGACAUUUUAUCAUGGGAUCUGUAGGGUAGUGUAAUUUAAAGAACAUACGUUUUAAAAAGUAAAAUUGCACUAUUUUUAAUGGUACACUAAAUGGAAAUAACUCAGGUGCAGUCUCCCGUAUGUUUGUAAGAGAAUUAUUUCACACGGAUCAUGAAACAAUACGGUAGUGUCAGCCCUGGAGAAAAGCACCAGACCUAUGGCUGCUUUUUCCCUGUAAAACCUAAUGAGCUAAAUAAAGACACCUCUUUGGGAAGAAAUA